GUGUCCAGUUAAGCAAGAGGGAACGCAGGAAGUGCAGGAAUAGCUUGUGUACAUACAUAGAUGGGAAGGACUCGUUGUCAACUUACUUCUUGGUCUUCGAAAUCUUUUUUGUGACAAGAAAAAUUUCUAAUUCGGAACAUAUUGAAACGGAAUAAAUAAUCAGUUCGGAAUCAAAACUCGGAACUAUCCUGAUAAAAUCGAGAAGGAUGAUCAAAAAGUUGAGAGCACCUAACCUAUAAAACAUAAUUCAUAGUUUUGAUCUCGAAGAUCAAAAAAUAAUUCAUAUAAUUUUGAUCUCGCAUAUCAUAUUACUUAUCAUAUAUCACGAGAACGCAAUAUAUAUUGAAAAAUAUAAUGGCAGCACGAGAGAUAUUAACUAUUCAAAUGGGUUUUUAUUCUAAUUUUAUUGGUGCCCAUUGGUGGAGUUUACAGGAAUCUAACUUUACAUAUGAUUUAAAAACUUCAUCUGAAAUAAAUCAUGAUGUACUAUAUAGAGAAGGUGAAAAUAUGCGAAGGCAAGUUACAUUUACACCAAGAUUAUUAAUAACAGAAUUAAAAGGAGCACUAGGAUAUCUGAAUGAGCAAGGUACACUAUAUGAUACAGAAUCUCCAGAUAAUCAAAUAUUAUGGGAUGAUGCAAAGAUAGAAGUUACCAAUAAGGAGUCUAGUCCUAAAACAUCUUUUAUUCAAAGUCUAAAUGAAUCCAAACAAGUUGUGGAGUCACAAACUUAUGAUUUCGAAAAUGAUGUAAAAUCAUGGGUGGAUUACCUUCUACCUUCAUUUCAUCCGAGAACACUGACAGUUAUCAAGGAGUAUUCACAUAACUGCACAAAGCAACCAUUCAAUAUAUUCACAUAUGGACGUGAUUUAUGGACUAGAGAACAAUUCUCUGACGACUUUUCAGAUAGAAUACGAGCUUACGUGGAGGAGUGUGAUUUGUUGCAAGGAUUUCAGAUACUUGUAGAUUCUACUGAUGGUUUUGCUGGUCUGGGAACAUCUUGCAUUCAACAUUUGCGUGACGAAUAUGGCAAAAGCAUUUUAACAUUUCCAUGUCUGGAUUUUAACAAUGCCGAGCCCAGUGCAUUGGAUUUGAUUAAAGUAGUUAAUACGGCACUAUGCUGGCAGCAUACCGAGGAAUAUUCGUCGCUUUAUAGUCCACUUUCCAUUGGACAAGUUGGUUGGCCGUUUGCGGGCAAUCCACGUAAAUUUGAGAAUAUAAUAUACAAUCCGGAAUUGAAGUAUCAUAGUAGUGCGAUAUUAGCGACUGCUUUAGAUACAUUAACAUUAAGAUAUAGAAAUAAAAAAUAUCCACAUGCUACUUUGUCUGACUUAUGCGCUGACUUAAACAAGUUAGGUCGCAAAGCCACGGCAACUAGUUUGAGCUUGCCGUUUCCUAUGAAAAUGAAAAUGGAUUUGAUAGACGUAUUAGAUGAAUUCGAAGGAUCUCUAUGGACAAGUUUGACGCCAAGCUGCGACAUAUCUAUGGAUAAAAAUAUGCAAAGUAUAACUUUGCGAGGAAUUCCAGAGGACAGAUUAAAACGUCCUGCUAAUGAAGCUUGCAAACAAAUCUAUAAGCCAGCAUAUAGAUGCUCCAGUGUACAUGAAAUGAUGACUCUUUAUCUAGCAUGCACAUGUCAUACAUCAGCUACAUAUUUUUCAAACAUCACGGCACCGUUGAAAAUUACCACACCGUAUCCAAAGAUCUUCAAUAACAAUGUAACUAAGGAUGGAAACAUUGCUGGCUGGCCUGUAGGAACCGACGUAAGUUCGGUUGCAGUGAUGGCUGGAAUGCACACUAACAAUAAUAUUGCAACAAUGUACGAAUCCUUACUUAAACAAACGAAGAGAGUGAGAAGUAUCAAAAAAUUGCAUGCUUUUACGGAUUCCGGACUAGAAGAAGAUGAGUUUACAGAAUGUCUUCAUCGUUUAGCUGAUUGUAAAGAGGCGUAUGAAAAUUAUUAUUUAUAAAAAAAAGUAUUAUACAUAUAUAAUUAACAUUACUUUAAUAUCUAUUGCAAUUUAUACUUACAAUAUUUUAGUAAAAUAUUGUAAAUAAUUUAUUUUUUACUG